AUGAAUGCAAAUUCUAACGCAAAUUUAGUUCACAAUAAUACUUCAAAUCAAGGAGGUCAAUUAAAUAAUAAAUUAUUUCAUAACACAAGUUCUCAUGAUAAUCUGGCUCGUAAAGCUUUGGAGCAACAAGAUGAAUCAAAUGAUAGAUUUGUUUAUAGUCCUGAAUCAGAUGAUAGAUUUGUUUAUAGUCCUGAAGCAAUUGACAAUUUGGUUCCGUUGAAACAAGAUCAAUCAAAUGUUAGAUUAGUUACUAACAUAAGAUCAAAGUCGGACAGUCAAUUGAUUCGCAAAACUAGUGAAGCUAGUAUGAGGGCAUAUAAUGAUUCAAUUACACCUGUCUAUGUAAGAGCAAAUUCGGACAAUUGUGCUUCGGUUAGACAAACUAAUUUAAGAACAAAUUCGGAUAAUAAUCACGUUAACCCAAGAACAAAUUCUGAUAAUAAUACUGUUAGAUCAGGCAGCAUAAAAAGCAAUAAUUCUUCAGUUAAAUCACCCAGUAUAAAAACAAAUUCAGAUAAUAAUUCUAUUAUUCGCGUUAGAUCUCCCAGCAUAAAAACUAAUUCGGAUAAUAACUUAAAUCAAAAUUGCGUUGAUUAUCAAUUAAAUUUAUCAAAUUUACAAAUUGAUAAAGCUAGCAUUUAUACUAGUUCAGAUUCAAGAUCAGCAGAUGAAUCAACUUUACAUCCUGAUGAAUAUUACAGCAUGAGCGAAACUUCGUUAAUGCAAAGUAAUCAUUUUGGUCUUAAUGCAAUUUACGUGUCAAUUUAUGUAGACAAUAGUAGUCUCCGUUACAUUCAAAGACUAUUAUCAAGCAAUCGAGAUGUUGCUUAG